CUUGCACGGCGUCAGCGCGGCCCCGGGGGCAACCUGCGUUUGUCCGAGGAUCUGCCUCCCUCCCUGCCUUCUCCGCCCCGGACCGUGGGGUCGCUGUCAGUCGUGCUCAGCGGUGCCCCGAUCCCGCCGUGGCAUCCGCGACCCAGUCAGGAGCAAGGAAAGAAGGAAGCUGGAGCACAAGUCCGAUGAGAAGCGGCUGAGGGAGCUCAGGUUAUUUAGCCUGGAGAACAGAAGGCUCAAAGAUGACCUUACCACCCUCUCCAAGUGCCUGAAAGGAGGGUGUAGCCAGAUUGCUGGAGGUCUGAUUUGUGCAGCACCAUGGACUCGUCAGAAGAGACUGGAGGUUCCUCUGCAGAAGAAAACUACUUUGUGAACUACACCUUCACCGACCGCUCCCACUCAGGCCGCGUGGCCCAGGGUAUUAUGAAAUUAUGCUUGGAAGAUGAGCUCUUUGCUGAUGUUACAAUAUCAGUGGAAGGCAAAGAAUUCCAGCUGCACCGUUUGGUCCUCUCAGCUCAGAGCUGCUUUUUUCGUUCUAUGUUCACUUCCAACCUAAAGGAGGCCCACAACCGGGUGAUUGAGCUGCAGGAUGUUAGUGAGAGUGUCUUUCAGCUCCUUGUGGACUAUAUUUACCAUGGAACUGUAAAGCUGAGGGCAGAGGAGUUACAGGAAACCUAUGAAGUGGCAGACAUGUACCAGCUGACUGCCCUUUUUGAAGAGUGCUCCCGUUUUCUGGCCCGUACGGUGCAGGUUAGAAACUGUCUGCAGGUCAUGUGGUUGGCAGAUCAACACAGUGACAUGGAGCUCUACACAGCUGCCAAACACUGUGCAAAGUCACAUUUGUCUCAGCUGCAGGAGACAGAGGAGUUCCUACACCUGCCUCUCCGCCUGCUCACAGACAUCCUUACAGAUGGCGUUCCAUGUUCUCAGAAUCCAGCAGUUGCCAUAGAAACCUGGAUCAACUUCAACAAGGAGGAGCGAGCGGGCUUUUCAGAGACUCUGCGAUCGAGUUUGAAGGUGAUUGGAGAAAAUGUUCACAUCUACCUGAUUGGAAAGGAGUCAUCACGUACACAUUCCCUCGCUGUCUCUCUGCACUGUGCUGACGAUGACUCCAUCAGUGUAAGUGGCCAGAACAGCCUGUGUCACCAGAUCACUGCAGCCUGCAAGCACGGUAGUGACCUGUACGUCGUUGGUGGCUCCAUUCCGCGACGCAUGUGGAAAUGCAACAACGCAACUAUAGAUUGGGAAUGGUGUGCUCCUCUGCCCCGUGACCGGCUCCAGCACACCCUCGUCUCCGUGCCAAGCAAGGAUGCAAUAUAUUCACUGGGGGGGAAAACUCUGCAGGACACUCUCUCUAAUGCUGUCAUCUAUUACAGAGUACGAGACAACGUCUGGACAGAGACCAGCCAGUUGGAAGUGGCAGUCUCUGGAGCUGCAGGGGUGAACCUUAAUGGUGUCAUUUACCUGCUGGGUGGGGAGGAAAACGACUUAGACUUCUUCACCAAGCCCUCUCGGCUCAUUCAGUGCUAUGAUACCAACACAGAGAAAUGCCACGUGAAGCCAUACGUACUGCCUUUCGCAGGGCGCAUGCACGCUGCCGUGCACAAAGAUGUGGUGUUCAUUGUGGCUGAGGGGGAUUCACUGCUCUGCUACAAUCCCCUGCUGGAUAGCUUCACCCGGCUAUGCCUCCCAGAUGCCUGGAGCUCAGUACCAUCCCUCUGGAAAAUUGCCAGCUGCAAUGGCAGCAUCUAUGUCUUUCGCGACCGCUAUAAAAAGGGUGAUGCAAAUACUUUUAAACUUAACCCAGCCACCUCUGUUGUAACAGUCACAAGUGGCAUCAAAGUGCUGCUCACUAACCUGCAGUUUGUCCUGGCCUAAACAGGCCCAGUGAUAGAAAGACAGCAACAGUGUCUUGCUGAGCAGCUCAAAGACACCUACAACCCUCAGCACCAGUCCCAAUUACUACAGGCUCACAUCACCCUGCAAAGACCCCAUCCUCUGCAGAGGAAGUACAGGCUUUCUGACUGUGGGCCUGUUCUUUUACAUAGCACUGUCAAAACCAUAUUGAACUGUUGUAUCUUAGAUUUCAGAUGGACUAAAUAUUAUUACUUUGAUUCCUUGAUGAUAAGCUUGCCUUUGAGGCCCAAAUGGCAGCAAAUGGCUAUUUUAGCCUGGAACCAGUCUACCACUAAAAAAUCCUGUGGCAUAUGGAGAACAUUCUCCUUGGCCCAAACUGCUAGUUUUAACUGCCUAGGAGACUGUGUGUUGCUGCUGUGUCAGUCACAAAGUUAGAUAUGCACUGUGUCCCCCAGGGAUGCCCCCAUUUAAACAUUCCUGUGUCCUAUUGCAGAAAUGGGGCCUGGCAGACAGAUUCCAGAACUGACCCCAGGGCUCUUAAGUAACAUUCAGCACUUCUCCUAGAUGAGUGGUAACUAACUGAGUACUUGCUUACUGCUCUGUCAUCACCUAGUUUAAAGAAGGAGGUCAGUUUUAGAGCAUUGACUUCCUUUACUGUACAGGAAAUCCCCACCUGUAAUUAUAAUAUAGUGUUGGUGAAAAGACAGAAAUAAGGCCACUUCCUCCUACCCCUCUCUGUUCGCACUGUAACCUUUUGGGUAAGAAUCUGAAUAAAGUCUCUACUGAGACAAAAUA